AUGGGGUCUUCUAGGUCAAAUGCCCGUAUUAUAAGAUUUGCAGUGUUUGCUCUUAUUUUGAUUGGAUGUGGGUUUAUCCUUUCAAGAGGCUCAUACUACAAUGCUGACGCUAACCCAGGUACAAACUUGCAAGCCAAGCCAGCUAGUGAUGGAAGUAUUAGUCGUGAAGGUGAUGUGAGUGGUGGUAAUGGAGGCGGAAAUGUGCAAGCGGAAUUGCAGAUGCCAAAUCAAAAUGUGCCAGCAGCAGCCAAGCCAAAGGCAGAGGGAGGAGCUAACAAAAAGGACAAGGUUAAGGCUACGUUUGUGUCGCUUGCUAGAAAUUCUGACUUGAAUUCGUUGCUUGGAUCGAUCAGACAGAUCGAAGAUCGUUUCAAUCACAAGUUUAACUACGACUGGGUUUUCUUGAACGAUCAGCCAUUUUCUGACGAAUUCAAGGAGGUCACCAGUGCUGUUGUUUCCGGUACCACCAAGUAUGGUUUAAUUCCAGAGGAACAGUGGUCUUUCCCAUCAUGGAUCGACCAAGAAAAGGCUGCGUUAACCAGAGAACAAAUGAAGGAAAAGGGAAUCAUUUACGGUGAUUCGAAGUCGUACAGACACAUGUGUCGUUACGAAUCUGGGUUUUUCUGGAGACACGAGUUGAUGAUGGACUACGACUACUACUGGAGAGUCGAGCCAGAUGUAAAGAUCUACUGUGACAUCGACUAUGACGUGUUCAAGUGGAUGAGCGACAACAACAAGGCUUAUGGUUUCACCAUCUCAUUGCCUGAAUAUAAGGAAACCAUCCCAACUUUGUGGGACGUCACCAAGAAAUUCAUCAAGGAAAACCCACAACACGUCGCCAAGGACAACUUGAUGGAAUGGAUUUCCAACGACAACGGUGAAACAUACAACGGAUGUCACUUCUGGUCUAACUUUGAAAUCGCCAGCUUGAAGUUGUGGAGAUCCGAAGCAUACACCGCAUACUUCGACACCUUGGACAAGAAUGGAGGUUUCUUCUACGAGAGAUGGGGUGAUGCGCCAAUCCAUUCGAUCGCCGCAGCCUUGUUCUUGCAAAAAGACCAAGUCCACUUCUUUGACGACGUUGGAUACUACCACGUUCCAUUCCAUAACUGUCCGGUCUCCAAGGAAACCAGAUUGAAGAACAAAUGUGUGUGUAAUCCUGAUGAGGAUUUCACCUGGAAGGGUUACUCGUGUACUGCUAAAUUCUACACGAUCAAGAACCUUCAAAGACCUAAGGGAUGGGAAAACUUCACCUAG